UCGUAGAAGGGGCAGGAAGAUGGCGGCGCGAGGGUUCCUCAGCCUUUUAAGUCGGCUAUGGCAGGGGCCAGAAAAUUUUCUUCUAGCAGGCAGAGUUCCAUUAAAGCAACAUAGUUUUCUUAAAAAUAAUCACUUGAUAUGGAUUCAGUCUUCAAGGGCCAACAGUAAUACUCAACAGGCCACAAAGAAUCCUCUGGUAUCUGUUUCUGAUGAGCCAGAUGUAUUAUAUAAAAGGCUGGCUAUUUUAGUUAAGGGGCAUGAUAGAGCUGUGCUGGACAGUUAUGAAUAUUUCAUGGUGUUUGCUGCAAAAGAACUUGGUCUCUCCAUUGAAAAAAUAGAAAAGCCUCCUAGAAAGAUAGAAAGACUCACGCUUCUGAAGUCAGUGCACAUUUAUAAGAAGCACAGAGUUCAGUAUGAAAUGAGAACACAUUACCAAUAUGUAGAGUUAAAGCAUUUGACUGGUAGCACAGCCAAUGUUUACUUGGAAUACAUUCAGCGAAAUCUUCCAGAAGGGGUUGCCAUGGAAGUCAAAAAGACCAAAUUAGAGAAACUUCCUGAUCAUAUUCGGACACCUGUUUGGGAUGUACUGCCUGAAGCAGAAGAAACAACAAUUACUUCAUAAAUAUCUGGACACUUUUUUUUCAUUUCCCUACGGGUUAAAUAGGAAAUAGACAUGAAAUACUCUUGUUUUAUGAAAUCUACACCGAUUUUGAAAUAGCCCUGUAUCAGGGUAGUUACAGGGAAUCUUACUUCUUGACCAAAACAAGCAUAUUUUGGAACUUUACGAGGAAAGCUUAUUGGUUCUGAAGCAAUUAAAGGAAAAAAACCCAUGUUACGGACAUUUCAUCAGCAGCAUAAUUUGCUUGAAGAUAUUGAAAGGGAUAGUGUCCUUGUAUAUUAAUAAAACAAAUAUUAUACCAAAUUAUUUAUUAACAA